CCCAGUCCAGUCCCCAAACCACCACCCGCGACUCCACCUCGUGCCGCCGGAGCGAGGGGGUGAGCACAGGACUGGCCAAACCUCCCCUCCUCCUCCGACCCGCUGCCACCAGAUGCUUCGCCGGCGCCUCCCUGAGGCCCGCGCCUUCCUCGGGCAGCUCCUCGGCCGCGUCUCGCACGAGGGCCGGACGGAUGCAGCUGCCGCCGCCUCCUCACCUUUCGGGCAUUUCGUCGAACGCCUCAUAGGCGGCGGAGCCCCGACCUCCCGCGCCGCCUCCGACCUCGCCGCAGCCGACGGCGCUUCCUCCGCGAGGCGCGGGGCAGGGGGAGGCGACCCGGCCUCCCUCACGGUCCACUUCCUCCGCCACUCGUGCGGCCUGGCGGAGGCCGACGCCGCCAAGGCCGCCGAGCGCGUGCGCCUCCGCUCCACCAAGAACGCGCACGCCGUGCUCGCGCUCCUCCGCGACACCCUCGGCAUGCCCCCCGCCUCCAUCGCGCGCCUCGUCGCCGCCAUCCCCGCCGUCCUCGCCUCGACCACCAUCGGCGCCAGGUUCGACUUCUACCUCCACGAGCUCGGCCUCUCACCCGCCGAGGUCCGCCGCUUCGUCCUCGCCAGCCCCAACCGCUUCCUCACCGCGGGGCUCGACGGCCGCCUCCGCCCCAACCAACGCCUCCUCAGGGACCUCCUCGGCUCCGACCAAAACGUGCUCGCCGCCGUCAAGCAGUCCAUCGAGCUCAUCUAUGAGAACCUCGAGGUCAUGCUGCUCCCCAAGCUCCAGGCGCUCCGCGACCACGGCGUCACGGAGGAAGUCCUCGUCAAGCUCGUUAUCACGCACCCCAGGGCGCUGGUGCACAGGUCCACCCGCUUUGACGAGGGCUUGGCUGCCAUGAAGGAUUUCGGAGUGAGCCCGGACUCUGGCAUCUUCCCCUACGCCUUUGGGGUGUUCGCCAAAAUCUACCAGUCGAAAUGGGACCGCAGGAUGGAGAACUACCUCAGCCUGGGGUGGACUGAGGAGCAGAUCAGGCGGGCAUUCACCAAGCACCCCUACUGCAUGUCAGUGUCCGACGAUAAGGUCAGGCAGCUCAUGCGCUUCCUCUCUGAGAAGCUUGGCUGGGACCCUGAGUAUGUGUCAUCGUGCCCGACUGUUCUUUCCUUCAGCUAUGAGAAGCGGGUGCUGCCCAGGUACAAGGUGCUGGACAUUCUGGUGUCCAAGGGUGUUCUCAAGAAGGGCAUAAGGAUGGCCCAUCUGACUAUAUCGGAGAAGAAAUUUGUGGAGAGGUAUGUCAGUAGAUACCAGGAAGUGAUACCUGAAGUACUGGAAGCUUAUGGAGCCAGGACAAGCUGUGCUGUGAAGUAGCAGGAUGAUUCUGCCGUGCUCUACCUGGGUACAAAGGCACUGUCUUCUCCUUGUCCUCAAUUGUUCGAUUUUUGUUGGUUCCAUGCUUUCUUAUGAUCAUGAAUUGCAAUACAGUACUGGAGUUGACGAAUUACUUAGGUUCCUGUUAAUUGCCCUUUAAUACUGAUUGAUUAAAUCACUUCUAAUGUUUUC